GUUUAGCUAUUACCAGAUGGCAUAAUUUUAUAAUUUUUAACUAUAUGUUAUCCACUCCUACACUUGGGGUGUUUUUCAACGAAGAAAUAGCAUCCAGGAUAUCUUGAAGCAUAAAAGUAAAAUGAGAUAGAUUGUGUUGUCUGCUACAAGAGAAGAAUGAAAGCGGAGAAGAAUUUGAUGUUACAUCAGCAGGAGUGAAACAUGUGGAGAAGAAUUUAUCGAACAUAUUUGCACUAUCAAGAGACAAAUUGAGGUUACGUUAUUGUCAUCACUGAAAGAUUUUGGCUGUGGGGAAUUACCCUUACGAAAUUUAUUAAUAAAAGACCAAAACUUUUUAGGAUUUGAGAAAUGCUGUGAAAUUUUCUGAAACAUACAAUCCUAUUGGAAACUUUUUACACAUGAGCUAGUUUUCCAAAGAUCCCUAGAAAAUCUGUUUCAGAAAGCUCUUCUGGGAAAAAUUUUGGUUAUGAAAACAUGUCCCUAAGUCUCCUCUUUCGAAUGGUGAAAAUUGGAGCUCUUUAGCCUUUUCCUAUCAAAAGUUAUUCCAAAAACAUUUAUAUACCAUUCUUUUUUUGGAUGGACAAUAGUUGUUUUCCAUAAUUCAAGAAAUCCGCUGGUGUUGCAGGGAACUGCUUGACCUCCAAUUUCAAUGUUGGCUUAACUUUUAUCAACAAAUAUUGUAAUCUGAUUGCUUCUGACAUUAGUUCUCCUCCAAUAGUUCUUCAUAUCAAAAUUUGAUGAUUCUUUUCUAGAGAAGCCUUCCGUGAGAUUUUUACAUAUUCUAAAGCAAGAUCUCGUCGGAGUAUUUCCAAUUUUUGAGUCCUUUGGACUCCACUUACGUUUUCAUGGUACAUUACACUAUAUCAACUGCACACAUCAAACACACUGCGUCUAGUUAGUUCUAUUUCCUAUUUAGUUUAGUUUCCUAUCGAGUUUAUUCUAUUUCCUAUUUUCUACUAAUUUCCCAGAGUAAAAAGUUAAGAAAUUUGAAAAUACUCCUCUCCAAUUUUUCUGUCAGUUUGAAGUACAAAGGUUGUACUCUACGCUAAGCUAUUUUGUAGAAAAAGGUACAUUUUAUUUCUUAAGUUAUAUAUCUAUCAGUAUCGCAACUGAGCAAAGAAAAUCAUAGUUUCUUUUAUGUUCAGUAGUUAAAUAAGACUCUUUUUGACCAUUAUGUGUUAGAGAACUACCUCGUUUUCGUUCUCUAAACUACAUUUCUCGUUGGUAGAUACACUCCUUAUUUUCUUAUGGACGGCAGGUCAGUGCUCUCCUUUUUUAUCUUGAUUUAUCUUCAGUUCUUCACCAUUUCUAGAGAGCUUCCCUUCGAUACUUUGGAAAACAAUUCGAAAGCAAUUCCUCUUUUCUCUUCACUACUUUUUCACUGUACAGUUUUUCUUUAAAACUAAAAAUAUUAAUAUAAAUAUUAUAUAAGUAGUAUUAAUAAAUAUUACUAGUUGAGUAGUGUAGAAGUCAAAAGUUCGAUUCUACUAUUCAAUUAUUCAAAUGCUAAUUCAGUUCCAGAUUCACAAUUUCUCAAUUAUUAAUAGUUGAAUUCAACUUUUGAGUUCUGCAUGUAUGUACUAGUUGGAAUUUGUGUCAGAAACGAAGCAUUACGUCUCCAUAGACACGUCGAGGGAGUGUCAAUAGCUUCUUUCUGGCACGCCUGGGCGUGUCAAUAGCCAUUCCGAUAUAUUUAAACUCAGUCAACAAACCAAAAAUGUCUUUUGAAUCACAAUCAAAAGAUUUUCGAAAAACAUUCACUCGUUACACAUCAUCGGCAACAUCCAGUUAACAACAAAAUGAGCAAGAAAAAACAAUAAAUAAAUCAGCUGUUGAAUUUAAGAAAGUAAUGAAUAAUGUCAAAACGUUUUCGGGGAUUUUAGAUAGAUAAGCAUCUGAAUGGUGGAAUGAUAUUAUUUAUUUAUUUGAUAUAAUUGAUGUUAAUAAUGAAGACAAAUUCCGUUUUAUUAGAUCAAAAUUAGUUGGUGAAGCCCGUCGAUGGUAUCAACAAAAUCAAACCACCAUUAUAGAUUGGCCAUCAUUUCAACAUGAUUUAGACAGAAAUAUUUAUCAUCAUCGGAUAGUGAUAAUUAUAUAAAAAUUGAACAAUUAAAACAAUAUAAACAAACAAAAAAUCAAACGGUAAAACAAUAUUAUAGUGAAUUAACGAAAUUAUGUGAUGAAAUUAAUCCAACAAUAUCUGAUGCGUAG